UGCUGAAGGUGGAAGCCGACCAAAGGAUUUGAGUUUGCACCCUUCGCCCACUGGAGAAACCCAAAUAAACUCAAGAGGCAUUGGGUUUUCUUCCCGCCCCCCAUUCCACCAUCACAACCUCCUCGCCCCUCCCCGACUCUUGCGUUUUCGUCUUCCCGCUUCUGCGCACCUCGACCUGGCCUAAAUUGCCUGCUUCGACUCGACAGCCUUCGCUCGCAACACGGCUAGCAUGUCGGAAUACAGCACGGUGCCGCCGCCCGGGGCUGGAGCACCUCUCGGUGGCCAAUCAGCCUUGGGGGCCGGUGGCGGGAUAAAGAAAGAUGCCUUUGCUGACGCGGUCCAGCGAGCGCGCCAGAUCGCGGCGAAGAUCGGUGGUGAUGCGGGAGGGGGGCCCCCUCCCAUGAAUAACAGCAGUCCUGCUGAGAGCUUCCCCUUCACAGCACAGAAACGCCAGCUGGAGGACGCAGAACAGCCAGACAGUAAGAAAAUGGCCCCUCAGAGUGACCGGGACACUGCCACCGCUCUGUCCAUUGGAGCCCAGCUGGCAGCCCUGGCCCAACAGAGUCGGCCAACAACCACCACAGAGGAGUUCAGUGUUCCCGAUGGCAUGGUUGGACUCAUUAUUGGACGAGGAGGAGAACAGAUCAACAAGAUCCAGCAGGACUCUGGCUGUAAGGUCCAGAUUGCACCAGGUAAGAGAGCUGGGAGAGGCAAGUUCAUAUUUCUUAUUUUCCACUUCAUUUAG